AUGACCUCGGAGGAGCGUUCUGUUCGAGAGUUUCUGCUGUCUUUGCCGCGCUUAGCCAAAGAAAGUUAUAACGAUGCAGUGAGCUAUCUCAUCUGGCAAACACUGGAGCAGUGUGUGACGCAGGGUAUAAGUGAAGUGGAUUGGCCGAGCAAACGGGGCGUGUUUGAGUCUCAAAACUGGCACAGUGGUGCUUUCGUAUCUUUGCAAUUGCCGCUGAAUUGGCGCGAUGCUUUCUUCAAAAACAUCGACUACCUGACCGAUGACUUCCCAAAUGGACACCGCGGUUCAAGUUGCAGCAGGAUCUGCAAGCCAACCGAAACUGUGUUCUAUUGUUUCAAUUGUACUCGAAACCCCCUGUAUGAGAUAUGCAGCGAGUGUUUCGACCCACAGCAGCAUGCAGGCCACCGGUACACGUCACGGGUCGUUGUAAGGCCUGAAGGACGCGUCUGUCACUGUGGUGACACCAGCGUUAUUACCACGUCUCAGGUGGAUAAUCAUGCCCUUUUGAAGUGCCGUCAAAUGGCCAACAAUUUGUCAAUCCCGCUGGACUACGCCAGCCACUCAGACGCUAAUUUGAUUAAUCUGCUCGAGCAAGUUCUGGACUACAUCAUCGACACAACAAUUUAUCUGAAAGAGCAGUCCGAAGACCGUAGUGAAAUUGUUCUAGUUCAUGACAAUGGGAACAUAGAGGUGGAUGAGAUUGAAUUCACCCUGCAACUUAACGGGAACGAUUGCAACUUGCAUGUAAAAGACCUGGCCACGAAGAUCAGCCUCGUUCUGAACAAGCCUCUUGAGUACGGACUGAUGAUAACAGACGUUCUGCAGCGCGGGGAACCCUCCGUAGUUCUCCUCAAAUCUACGGACUUCGAAAAGUUGGAGAGCAUCCGAGAGGCGUUAGCGGCAGAAAACAUACAUUUGCAGAUCAAAACAACAUCAGACGUUUUCAAAGAAUACUUGAUUGAUGAACUCACCAACGUCAUUUACAGCCUUUGUCUCAACAGCCCAUCGCUUCGGCUAAAACUGUCUUUACGCAAUGCGCUGUGCGGCAUUUGGAAGUCGGGCCUUCAAUCUACCAGGUACACACCCGGUACCUUCAGCCCAUUCACCCCUAAAAUAGCAUUACUCGGUGGAUUUGUGGUUCCUUUUGAGCAACGUGAGACCUUUCCUUGGUUCAAACCUUGGCAAUUUCCUCACUCCAAACAAGAAAAACAUGAUCCCAGCAUUCUACGAAUCAUGCACAGUUACGACCAGCAUUUGCGAGAUACGUAUUCCCGCGGCUUGGCCACAAGACAUGGCCUUCUCGAAGGAUCUAGGUUUCAGAAUCUCCUUGUUCAAGGAGCUUGUUUGCUACCAUAUGUUUGGAAGUCGCGGCUGUCAAAGAUUGUUAGCUGCGCUUUUACGGUAGUCGAUGACUCACGAAACUGUAUCGCAGCCCAGUACAUUGACAUCUACCCCAAUCUGCUUUAUAACACCGUCGCGUCAGAUUCUGCAGGCCAUAAACUGUCGCUCAUGAGUACAUUGUCUCAGCUUGUUUUUCAGAUACCUCAGAUUGCCAAUAUGAUAAUCUCAUCGGGGUUCAUUGAACGCAUACUUCAGGUUGCGUUCACCCUCAUGUCAUUUUCACCCGAUGACCUAACAGAGUGCCCACCCGUCCCUCUUUAUCGAGAAUUCAAGCUGCCCAAAGAUUCCAUCAAGAAUAAACGCAGUGUCAUAUGCUUUAAAGAUAUCUAUCUCGCGAUGUCUACCAACAAUGUACCGGAGCUCCUGUUGUCGUCCGAAACCAUCCUGCGAUGCAUGAUCAAUUGUUUUGCAGCUUUCAACAAUGUUCUUCCCCUGAAUCGGGAAACCUCAGAGCACGUAGAAUUCGAGAAUUUCGAGUUUUCUUCUUACUAUUUCUACUUUUCUUCCAUUCUGGUGAUGGUUGAUGGUUUUACGAGAAACAUCUGUCUCCUGCAAGAUCCGGAAACUCGAACAAGAAUUGUACAGCAUUUUUUGGAGACUUCGGUGAUCAAAGAACUCGAGCUUCUGAGGACCUCCGGGGAUCUCACUCCUCGACCGCACUUGACCAGAAAGAAUGCCGAUAACAUGUUUGGACUUCAAAUGUCCUUAGAGAGUCUAUGCGACACCAAUGCUUAUGUUAUAGACUUCGAAGUAGGGGCCGCGCCCCAAACCUUUUUCAGUCCCAUGUCCUAUUUUUUCAAGUUCGUCACGCUAUGGAGCCAGUGUGGCCGAUACAGCCCUUUAAGCUAUUCGUUUCAUCACUACAUGAAAGUCGAAGACAUCUUUGGGGAAAAGAGACAAAUCGUAUGGAUGUGUGAAUCUGCGCUGAGAACUUUGGUUCUUUUAGCACAGAUAAAUGCAGGUUACUGGGUAAGAAAUGGGCUACCAAUCCAACACCAGGCAAGAAUGUACACCAAGUACAGCAUGAGGGAGUUCACAUACUUCAGUGACAUCUACAUGUUACAAGUAGCGAUGAGCACCGCUGAGCCGAAUGACUUUUUUGUUACAUUUUUGUCUAGGUGGGGUCUAAAGCAUUGGACUCAGGGCACCCCCUCGGGAGAUUAUCCCGAUAUUGAAAUUUCUGCUUGUAUGGUGGACCAGUGCUUCUUGCUCUUGAUUCAGCUAUUCAGCGAAAUUCGAAGCCCUGCUAUGAAAUCAUCGAUCGAGGGGUUUGAGAAGACAAUGCAGGCGGAGUUAAUUCACGCCUUGUGUUUCAAAAACGCAACACACAGUGAACUUCUCAACACUAUACCAGAACACGUCACAAAGCACCCUGCUUUUGACUUAUACUUGCAUGACAUGGCGACAUACACGCCACCUACCAAAACAAUGGAUGCUGGCAUCUACGCAUUGAGAAAAGAACACUUUUCAUCUGUUGACCCUUACUUUUUAGGCUACUCUUCCAGUAAGAGGUAUGAGGCUGAAAAGUUGAUCCGAAAUAGAGCUGCGACGGCUUUGAAGUGCGACUUUUCUCAGACUUUUAUACCCGCAAGGGAGUGCGCGUCGAAGUUAAAGACGACUAAAUUUAGCAGGCUGUAUCAAAUUUCGGAGACUGAUCUUUUCGGGCACUUCUUGAAAAAGACGCUGGAUCAUAUCAAAACUUUAAAUCACGAGGGCCUGCUUGGGAAGGUUGCACAUCUGAUUCAUAUCAGUGUUGUUAACAACUCCAUGGGGUUCUCUCCUUUUUUUUGGAAGGAUUAUAGUUCCCCAGGGUCAGAACGUCCGAAUAAUAACAGCAUUGGUUCUGUGUUAUACUCUUUCCUAUCAAAAGAUGACUUCGCCAAUGAACAUGGAAAGAUUCGAGAAAUUUUUAGAUGCUUAUCCCGGAAAGCUCCCCACUUCGAUAUAAAGGUGAUUUUGUCCGAACAGAACUCUUCGCUCAAUCUAGACCUCUUGGAAGAAGCAAUAGAAUGCAAUGAGAAAAAGGAUGAAGAGUUUGAAAAGAGAAAACAACUGGCAAAAGCCAAGAGACUAAAAAUCAUGAAGCGUAUUGCCAAGCAACAGCAGAAGUUUCUCGCCAAUAAUCAGGUUCCACUUGACCUCAAACCAUCAACAGUCUAUUACAAAGACUCUCUUGAAGAUGAGUGGACUCUUCCUGAGCAGAGCUGUGUUUUCUGCAAAAUGGGCAAGGAAGAUGAUUCUUUUGUUUACUUCAGUUUUUUGGAAAAGAAUAUGUGUGGUCAAGUAUUCGCCGAAAGGAGUGUAAGGGCAAUGACUGGUUUGAACGGAAUUGAUAUGAAUGAAAUUGAUAAGUGCAUCGACGUGGGUCCUGUCAUUCGCACAUGCGGUCAUGGAUCUCACGAGAGCUGCCUUGCGAGUCACAUGAAAUCUAUAAGAACUGUCCACAAUCAUAUCACUAAGAAUGUACCAAGCGCAUGGGGCUUUUCCUUGAUGUUUUGCCCAUUAUGUUCGUCUCUGACGAAUUCAUUUUUACCGCGCGUUGCUCAAGGAGUUUAUCAAGAGGCCAAUUCAUUACCAAAGCACGCCGAGACAAAUAAAGCUGCUAGCGAUAAACUUUUAAGGUCUUGCUACAAGUCGGCAAUCAUUCUCAACCGUCUAAUCUGUGGAGAAGAAAGUAACUACCUGCCGCUGACAGAGGCGAUAUGUCGUGUUCAAGCCAACACAAUAAAGAAUGCAGAAGUGGCGUCUCGGCUCGGCUGGAGACUUACGAAAGCUGAAAAAGCGCAGAACAUCUUCUUGACUAAUCAACAUUUGAUCUCAUUAAGACUCUUAUCUGAUAUGAGACGCUUUCUUGCUCAUGAGAAAGACUCACAGCCCCCAGAUCUAGCUUCGCCGUUAGCCGCGCUUGACCUGCUAAAUCAUGGUGGCUUUAACGAGGGUCUUCAUAACGACAAGGACAUGUCCUCUGCUGCCUUGCGAUCGCCGCAACGACCAUCCUGUUACGGCAAAGGACUGUUGUCGCAAAUUUCAAUUUAUGUUGAGAAGUGGCUGAACCAAGAUGUGCUGGCCGUAGCUAGAUUUUUUGGCAAAAUCUCUUUCUCAUCAGGGGAAAAAUAUCCAAGCUAUGGAAAUUCUAUGCUACCAGUUUCAUCCGAUGCAUGUGAAGUUGAAAGCUUCGAAAGACUAUUGAAGCAUUAUUCGACAAGCUUUGAUUUUGGAAUACUGAAGAAAUCUGGACCCGAAGUAAAGCGCGCCCUAUCUUUGCUUCGCAGCUCUAUGACUGUACGAAUGAGAAGAUUAGCUGCUUUACUAUUCACAGAGGGUGUCGUAAAAUUUGAAGAGAGUGAAGCCGAGGAUUACGCCAAUUUGGACUCUAUAUUGAGGUUUUGCGGUAUGCCUUCAUUCGUAGAUAUGCUAAAGUCCUUGGUGGAGAAAACCUCUGGUGUGCUAGGAGAUAUGGUGGGUUUUGAAAUAGCAAAGUAUGGCAAGGACGGGUCCGAUAGAGCCAGCAGACGCCUCACAUUAUGCUGUUAUGAUAAACACUCUUUGAUUAAUUUACCAGACACUUAUUCAGAGCUUUUGGCUCUCACGGGUGAUGAUCACAUUGAGACAAGAACGAAAAAAGAGGAGCUCGCUAUUUGCUUGUUUUGUGGUGCUUGUGUUCGAAUCCAAAACGCAGUGUCCUUGCAUAUGUUUUCGAUCGGAGAGUGCACGAAUCACAGUCUCUACGAAUGCCCGUCAAAGGCAAUAUAUGGUUGCUUUCUGCUGGUCGUGAGCAAUUCGGUGUAUUUGGCUUACGGCCAUAGGGGAACGUUCUAUCAAGCGCCAUUCUUGAACCAACACGGCGAGACAGACGAAGACUACCGCAAUGGAGCCCCCGUCUUUCUUGAUGAAGAAAGGUAUUUGCAUUUAAGCCAGGACAUUGUCUUGGGCAACAUGAUUCCGCAUCUUGUAUACAGAUUGACGGACAACAAUUCCGACCUUGGGGGCUGGGAGAGUAUGUAA